AUGUCAGAUUUGUCACCAGCCGAUAGGGAAGAGACUUCUUUAGGUCACUUGAAUCUUGGACAAGACACUAGCGACGAUGUAGGGUUGGAGCUUCCAGUAAUUGAAAUGAACAAAAAUCAACUGGAUUCAGGACAUGGAAAUGAAGAUCAAAAUGCCGAAGAUUGGUGGAAUCAUGUUCAGACAGUCGUUAUCAAUGAAGAGAACGCAAAUUGUCCAGAUGAUAUAAAUAGAAAAAAUUCAACUGGGUAUGCUAUUUACUUAAUAUACUCUGGAAAACGACUUGUAUACCAGCAGCAGAUUGAAUGUCUUAGAAUUAAAAUUAGGAAGGAAAUUUGCGGUGCCAAUUUCAUUCCCUGCAAUUCCAUCAGUGGCCGAUUCAUGGAAGAAGCUGCAUCAAGGGAGGGUGGGUGUGAUCGAGCGUCGGCGAAGAAAUGCACACUUGGCUGCUGUCGGUUAAUUCGUGACUAGUCCCAAGGCUUAAUUAUUCCGCGCGGCUUAUACGAGAAAUGCAUUGACCGAGAAGGCCUGGGACGACACCGUACGGUUCAAUCCAUGCAUGAUGGAACCGUCCCCCACCCAUCCAAAAUAAUGACACUGACGUAAGCGUUCAUCAGAAGGAUGCCUUAAAUGUGUGCAAUUCCACAGUUUGUUUCGUCUCUAUAAAAUCCUUUGCAAUUAAAAAACUGUUUCACCCACAACAUGAGCACAGUUACUGACAGGGUAUAUUACUGAGGAGAAUAACACAAAAUAAUGAAAUCCGUUAUAUAGGUUAAUAUAUCGGUGAAGGCACGACAUAAACAAAAAACACAACUAAUAAUAGUGGUGGUGGUGGUGGUGAUUAUGAUGAUUAUCGUUUUAUCAUUAUUUACACUUACUGGGUGAGACUGAGUCUGUUAUUAAGAAUUAUGCAGAUGGUGGGUGUUAUCUGCCGAAGUCGAAGGCUGGAUGGAUAACAUCAUGCAAAAUGUAGGAUUCAUUCCUAAACCUGAGGAAGCGCACAUGCUUUUUUUGUACACAAUCUUGAAAACCCAGUCGAUAUCGCUCGAGCGGCCCUUUUUACAUUCUUUUCAUCUUUCUCGGAUAUUAAGUCGGAUAUUCGUCCUCGCUUAAGACUCAAAACAAAACAGAGCAUAGUUACUGUUACAGUAAUAAAUGACGCACAUUUAUAUAGUCAGUUUUUACUUCUUAAGAAAAAAUAACCUAGGGAUUAAGGCCAGUAUGCGUUUACUAGUUCACAGUUUUUCUUUACUCCAUUAGUUGACUGUAGUUAACUGCUUUUUGUGAAAGUUUUAGCAUACAAGGAUUGCCUAGAAAAAGGAAGGAGUCACCUUACAACAGAUUGAAACCAGAAGUAGCCAUUAAAAAGGUAAGGUACUUUUUGCAGUGUACGACUUUGCCCGGCUUUUUAUUUUCACGGCUUGCUGUCUUUCUGUGUUAUCCAAGACAGUGCUGUGCGAUAUUUCAACAACCUUCCCAAAUCAGACAUCAAAACCGCGUGCACAGAAAGAGCCAAACAAAUUCGUAGCUGUUAGCUAUCCUUACCUCUGUUACUAUUAUAGAAUACAUCAAUCAUUAUUUUUGCAAUUAGAUCUUUUUUCUUUUUAUGAGUUUUAGUCAUGGCUAAUUUUUAUAGUUAGAGUUUCCCUUAGUUAUGUAGAGCCAAUUUUAAGGUAUGCAAAUAAAUCGUUAUUAUCACUAUAUAUUUUAUUCUCGCCAGAUUCCAUGUCCAGCGGAAAAAGCCAAUUUUCUUUCUAAGCUUACUUUUUGGUGGUUUACGAGGUAUGCUCUUACUUUCCAUUAUGUUCAUUGUUUCAUAUUUCCAAAAUCGUCAAGGACUGUUCGUUAAUUAUAGCUCAGGCGCGAAAUAUACACUCCCUUCAAACUCAAGAAUAUUUUUUAAACGAAAAGUGGUCGGCUGGUUUCCCAUCCAGUUCCUUACCUCGCAGGGCUUAACUUACGUGGCUGUGUUUUCCCGAGAUUCGCAAGGUUUUCCGGUGAGACACGUAUUUCUAGUCGUAGGCUUGUAUUCAAAGACAGUUUUCAUUUGGUCGUUUAAAACGAUGACGUUAAACAGACUGGCAAAAUCCCAACUAAUUCAAAGUUACAAUAAGUUUCCUAUAAUUUCGAAACUGAAUAUUUGCGGAACCCAACCUACCCUGAUCAUGAACUCUAUUUUCCGUUUUGUUUCAGCGGUGAAUAGAUUUCAAACAAGAGAGAGUGUAUCAGAUUUGGUAAAAUUCUGCUUGUUCCCGAGUUAUUAUAACAUAUAUCACUUUACGAUUACUUCUCAUUCCUUUAGAUUUGUUCUUACUGGUUACAAGAGGACUCUCUCUGACGCUGAUUUAUGGGAUCUGGGCGAUUCAUUUCAGGCCUCCAACGUGGUCACUCGUGCCAAAGGAUCAUGGAAGCAAGAACAAACGAAAUGCUUCAAGUAUGAAAGCCAUUUUUUUGGCAUGUUAUCCAAGCAAUUUAAGUAAUAAUAAUAAUAAUAAUAAUAAUAAUAAGGUUAAUUUUCGCAAUAUGAAUAAUUACUUAACUCGGCUAAUAGGCCUGUAUCAUGUUGUUCUAAAAACGAACGAUUUCACAGAAAACUUUAGGUUAUGCCAAUUUCUUGAGCGUUUAUCAACCUAAAGAUAAGCUUAAAAGGAAAAAUUUAAUGCACAUUUCUAUCAAUUAUAGAAAAAAAGAAUAAUUCUCAGACAGCGUCCCAGAUUUUAUAAUUGUCGCAAUAUGAAUAAUUACUUAGCUAAGAACUAUCAUGUUUGUUCAUAACCUUUGUUUUUGCAUUUCUCCUUUGUUUUCAUUUCUCCUACAGCCGUCCCAAGAGAAAUUGAAAACAAUGCUUAUGCAAAAUUUUGGGGGGCAAAUAAGGUACAUUAUGGGAAAUGUGGAAGUGGCGUAUAGUGACCUUGGUCUACCUGUGGUUUCGCCCAUAUUUGCGAACAAGGUAAGGUUCAAGCUAUUCUUCUUGAACUAUGUUAACAGUUAUUACGAAAAACUGAAAAUAACGCUUUUAAUUGAAGUUUAUAUUUAAAAUGUCAAGAAAUUUACGUAGCAACUUUUUGGCAUUCCAAUAAGCAAGUUUCGGACAUUUUAGGAGCACAAUCGGGAUAGGGCUACCUCUGAAUUACAAGUGCAGUGCUCUAACCACUCGGCAACGCUGCCUCCUGUUUAAGGAAGAUUGAAUCCAAUAAUUGGAUCCAAUAAUUAGAAAAUCUUAUCCAUUUUGCACAUGUAGAACAAGUUACUAUUGUACGAGGGUCUCAAUGGGGUGGUGGCAUUUACGGUUAUCGGCUAAAAUUUUGGCUCUUUUACGGCUAUCGGCUAAAUUUUUCAGUUGCGGUUAACAAAAAAGUUAAAAAUUAACAUCUUUUCUUUCAAAAAGUUAAAUAUUAAUUAACCUGUAUUUUUUUCUAUCUUUAAAGCAAAAUAACGGUCUUAGGAUCACUCGGGAUAUGAAAUAAGCUAUUCUUUUGAAAAAUUUUAACAUUUGAUAGAUCAUUCUUUUUAUAAAGUAUUCCACUUCUAAUAUUAUUUUACACAUAAAAAUGUCAAUAGUCAAUUUAAAAAUAAUCUUUGUGAAAAAGCAAAGCACACACGCGAACGCCUAACUCAAGGCCGGGGCGCGACAUUCAUUACAACAGAAAUGGCAGUUUUCAUACUAAAGACGGAUUAUUCGUGUGAGACGGGUUAUCCGUUUGAUGAUUCGUGUCAGAUAGGUAAUACGUCUUAAUUUGGAAAUGGAAUAGUUUUAAUUUUGCAUGAACAAUCCGCCUGACUUUAUCCUUCAACUUCGACGGACAGAUUGAAGACGGGAUUAUCCGUUCCAGUUAGCCUGUGUACAACCGCCCCUUCCCCUUAGAAAAAAAAUCGGAGAGGGGUUGUCUGUCGGGAAGGGGGCGACUGUAUACAGGCUAGUCUCAGACGGAUAAUCCGUUUCUAGCUCUAGUGUGAAAUCGGCCAAUAACAAAAUCCCCGUGUCCAGUGUUUUUAAUGGUAGCGAAGGACAGUACGGAAGCACUGUCAGCCGUUUUGCUUUGUCCGUAGGCCUUAUUAUUUCGCCCGGCUAAUGCGUUUCGGGUCACGUGGUCCGAGCGAGUUCGCCACCAAAAUGCCUUGACCGAAAUUGCGUGGGAAGACGGCGUACAGGGACUAGGCAUGGCAAUGUCUACCGUAGCGUCAGAGAAAAACGGGGCAAUGUUGUUUAUCGGCAACUUGUUUUACAAACAGUGAGAUCUCUUCGUGUUGUUUCACUAGUGUUUCGAGGGCACGACCCUCUGAAAAUCGCAAAUAUUGAUCCCUAGCAAGAAGCCACACUUUCGUUAUGGAAAAAAAAAUUAGUUCCCCGAGAGCGGCGGAAAUGGAAAUGGGUCUUGGUCUUCACCUAAAAGGCGCUUUACCUAACGUGCGUACGGAGCCACACAAGCCGCGAAAUAAAAAAACGCAACCAUAAGUGAGUUCAGUACCUUCCUUAAAAGUAGCAAAUCUAGGGAAAAAUUUCUUUUACGGUUAACUUUUUUUACCCUAUUUACGGCUAACGGUUAAAACUUUUCAAUUUUUACGGCUAUCGACUAAAUUUUUGGCCGUUUUACGCCUAUCGGUUAACCCCAUUGAGACCCUCUUGUACAUACUUUGCACCUAUUUUAAUAAAUUUUAUUCACAGUACUCUUUGUAACAUGAAAUGGGGAAAAGCACUUUCCAUUGUGGAUAACGAACUAUCUUUUUUUCUAGGCAAGGUGAUAUAUUAUCGUCAGGAUAUCCCACUUUUACACCCGAAGUUAUGACGAAAGAGGGCGAUCCAACCAAAGUCGAAUUUUCCGGAACGCAGAGAAAACCCAAUAAGAAAACGCCAAGCCUUGUGAGAGCGCUCACCAAAGUAUUUUGGCUCAACAUUGUCCUUGCAGCCUUGUUCAAAAUUGCUAAUGACAUUGUACAAUUUGUACAGCCUCUACUGCUUGAGUAAGUAGGGUUUAACAUUAGAUCGAGCCACAGUCUUUUAUAGGGACUACAUUUCUGGCAGUUUACUUGUUUCAUUUGAGCAAUAAGGCAACAUGGCCUCUAAAAGAAUCCUCUGGUCAGUUAGAAAAAACGUUCUAACGGUUCAGCGAUGUACGUUUAGUCACUUAGUACUGACUGUUUUGUAAACCACAAAAGGGCUUUCUCCGUCAUAAGGCUUCCCUUCAUUUUAUUUUUUAGUGUUGUCGAGAGUGCGGUAGAUCAGUUGAGAGUCAUUAUGCUCAUUCUUUCAGUCUGCUAAUUGAUUAUUUUUUUCUCUUUUUGCAGUUUGGUAAUAGAAUACGUUGAAGAGAAAAACCACAAAGUUGAAAGCUGGAAGGGUUUCUUUUUCGCGGUAGCCAUGUUUGUUACAGCUAUUGUUCAGUCAUUUAUGCUGCAGUAUUACUUUCAUUAUUGCUAUUUGCUGGGAAUGAAAGUCAAGACCGCUUUAUUGGGUCUUAUAUAUGAGAAGGUAAUACAAAAACACGGCAUACAUACAGGUAUUUCCAGCUUUCUGAAAAAAAACCCUCAAAGGUUAACUCUAAACCUAAAACUCGCCUUUUGCGCCAUCUUAAAUACGCAGAAUUAGAUGUGAUGCUUCUUUUACAAAGUUAAGCCUCUUUUUAUAGCCGGAUAAAGAGCUAUACUUCAAUGUCCUGGAAAGUGAAAAAAGAAAGUACUUAAAUGAGUAAAUGAUAUCUAAUUUGUACACCGUAUCAGAAUGCAACAACUUCAACGUGCAUCGACAAAGACGCAAAAGGAACACACUAUAUUCUGUCGGAUUUAAUCUCAGUUCAUUAUUUUAUAGGCUCUUCUUCUUAACAAUGCCUCUCGUCGCCAGUCCAGCGCGGGUGAGAUGGUGAACUUAAUGUCUGUUGACACGCAGCGCAUUAUGGACCUCGCCACGUACGUGAACAUGCUGUGGUCCUCUCCACUUCAGAUUAUAGUCGCCAUAUAUUUGUUGUCCGUUUCCAUGGGAAUGUCGAUUCUUGCAGGAGUCGGUGUCUUAGUACUGAUGAUACCUGUGAACCUGAUAGUUACCAGACAGUCACGUGUACAACAGGUAACAUGACAGCUAACUUGUAGUAAGGAAUCAAGUCUGUCUAUCCAUUGGGCUUGUUAUGGCUAGUUCCCAUACAGUCAUAUGGGUCAUUCUGAUCUUUAGGAAGAUUGUUAAUGCACUGUACUUUGUGUAUUGUCUUCUUAGGUCAAUCAAUUGAUAGAAAAAGACUCCCGCAUCCUUAUUAUGAACGAGGUCCUGAGUGGCAUUAAGGUAACGUGAACUGACGGCAACAUAACAAGUGUGUGAUUGUUAAAAUGAGGACAAAUAACGUUAAAAAGAUGAAUUUUAGAGAAGCGAUAAUAUCACAGGGCUUAUGAGAACCCGUCAGACGCUCGAAACCAUUAAAACAAAAGCCUAAAAGGGUUUGGAUGCGUGCAGGUCCAUCGAACAACACAAGAAAUAAAGGGCUAAACUUCAAGCUGCAACAAACACGAAGCACUAUGAAAGGAUUGGAAAGCAAAAGUUAGAAAUAUUUUGGAUUUAGCCAGACUGAUGAUGAUGAUGAUGAUGAUGAUGCGACUGUAUGUGACGCAGUUUACAGUUAGAGACGAGUUGUGAAUGCCGUUCUUGUAAGAAUAAAUCUGAAUUAAAAUAGCUACGUAAGAUUUAUGUCACUGCCGGAGUUUUGUCACGCUCCUUAUGGUUGUUUUUUUAGGUACUGAAGUUGUACGCGUGGGAAGAAUCUUUUCUAUCCAGAAUAAUCCAUAUAAGGAAUAAUGAACUACGAUACCUCAGAAAUGCAUCCUGCUUUAACGCUGUCAUUGAAUUCACUUUCACCUGCGCUCCAUUCUUGGUAAGGGUUUUUUCCUGUAAUUUUUUUGAGCAUCAACUCCCUCCGUAGAGUAGUAGUACUGAUCUAUCGUAUGGUUUUGAUGUAGUGAUGGGGUUGGGGGUUGGGGAUUGGAAGCGGUGAUGGGCAACGCUUAAGAUUCUAAGGUUGACCAGUAUCUGAUCAAUACCUUUGAAUACCCUACUACUAACAUUUAUUAUACGGUGGAACCCCGUUAGUACGGUCACCAAUGGGCCAAGAACAUUUGACCGUAUCAACGGGUGAGCGUGUUGACGAGGGUUUUUUUUCACAAGAAAAUGUAUGGCCGUUUUGCCCCUCGGGAGGCCAAACAAAGUGGCCGUGAUAACGAGGUGACCGUAUUACCGCGGUUAUUAAAGACGUGGCCGUGAGGCCGGGUUUCACUGUACGUCUGUAGGUUAAGUUCACAGUGAGGGAGAGAAACUGUGAUGCAAUUAACAAAUAAUAUUUACUGCUCUUUACAGGUGUCCUUUGCUACAUUUGGGGUUUACAUUCUAACUGGAAAUGAGCUAACAGCUUCCAAGGCUUUCUUAGCAAUGUCGUUGUUUAACAUUAUUAGAUUCCCAUUUACUAUUCUUCCUUUCGCUGUCAUCAGCUUUGUACAGGUGGGUUUCAGUUACUUAAUCAGGCUAUAUGUUAAAACGGGAAACCUUAUAAACUCCUGAACGAGUUCUUGAGAUGAUAAAAAAAUACAGUCUGGAAGAUUUAGAUGAAUUUAAGUUGAAACUUUGUUGGAAGGGUCGCAUCUGCUGGAUGAGUUGAUAUCAAACACGAGGAAGAGUGUUGUACGUGAUCUCCCCACAAUUAAUGGAGGGUUAAGACCAGUGAUAUAUACAUAGGAUUCAAUUUCCUUCCCCUCCGUCUCUUUUUCCCUUGAAAAACAAUCAAGUUUUAAACGUCGUAAAAUAACUGAUGUUUAACUCUUAGUAGCCUGAAUUUCAUCCGAUUACUUCGAAUCGUUAUUACUCCCUCAGUAACGACGUUGCUGAGAGGAGAAAACGAAUGGAAGGAAUCGGAUGAAAUUCAGGCUAAACUCUUAGUUGCAGAGCGGUAAAAACACGAGACUGUUUUAGACUUACGUUUUUUUCUAUACAUAAUUAGUAAUGAAGUCAUCUGCCUCACCCAUCAUAUGACUUAGUUUGCUUUUUCUAAUGAACUAAUGUAUUUGCAAUCUUGUAAUAUUUUUUUACAUUUCAGGCGCUUGUAUCGAUAAAACGCAUCACAGAAUUUCUGAACCUCGAGGAGGUGAAUUCUGAGAGCGUUCAGAAGACUAUGCCCUCAGAGAGUUAGUAACCGUUCUCCAUUUCUUCUUUGUUUAAGUCUUUUAAUAACUUAAUCUUUUUCUUACUAAGUAAUAUUUUUUCCAAUAGAAAAAGGAUUAGCUAUUCACGUGAAAAAUGGGCUUUUCAGCUGGGAUAAAGAUGAGAUGCCUAUCCUUGAAUAGUAAGAACUUAUUUCUUAUUACUUACCAUUGACGGUAAAUAAGCUCAAACUAAUAACCGUCAAGUCAGACAUGAAGGUAAAUCACUCCUGAACGAGUUCUUGAGAUGAUAAAAAAAUACAGUCUGGAAGAUUUAGAUGAAUUUAAGUUGAAACUUUGUUGGAAGGGUCACAUCUGCUGGAUGAGUUGAUAUCAAACACGAGGAAGAGUGUUGUACGUGAUCUCCCCACAAUUAAUGGAGGGUUAAGACCAGUGAUAUAUACAUAGGAUUCAAUUUCCUUCCCCUCCGUCUCUUUUUCCCUUGAAAAACAAUCAAGUUUUAAACGUCGUAGAAUAACUGAUGUUUAACUCUUAGUAGCCUGAAUUUCAUCCGAUUACUUCGAAUCGUUAUUACUCCCUCAGUAACGACGUUGCUGAGAGGAGAAAACGAAUGGAAGGAAUCGGAUGAAAUUCAGGCUAAACUCUUAGUUGCAGAACGGUAAAAACACGAGACUGUUUUAGACUUACGUUUUUUUCUAUACAUAAUUAUUUGUAAAUAAGCUCAAACUAAUAACCGUCAAGUCAGACAUGAAGGUAAAUCACUUUUCCCUUAAAUUUAGUUUGAUUUCGGAAUUUGUUUAGUAUUUUUAACCCUUUUGGUGCACGAGGAUGGCAUUUACCCAUUAACGUUUUUAGAUCAGACAGGUUGUAACUAUGGAUUGUAACAAUCUUUCUAGCAUCAAUCUGGACAUUCCUGUGGCGUUUCUUGUAGCAGUUGUUGGUCCUGUAGGAAGUGGAAAAUCUUCUUUGUUGUCUGCAUUCCUCGGUGAAACAGAAAAACUGGAAGGAGUGGCUGCUAUGGAGGUCAGAAUAUUAAACAGCGUUAAAAAAAAAUGAAAAUUUUGUUUCAUUUAUAAGUAACUUUAUCAUCUUUUGAGAGAUAUUUUCCUCUGACUUUUGAUUCUCUCUUAAAGUGUGUUUUCGAUUGUUCUCUUUUUCAUAUAGAGUUUCUGUGGUAACCGCAGUUCAAUGACGUUUUUUUAGAGUGAUUUUUUGUUGACAUUUAUGAGUUUUGUGGAAAGUGGCCCAGUCACUUAUCCAAAUUACCCUACAACGCAGAAGUUAUAUAAUUUUUAUGUAAUGACAUAAUUUGACCCAGUGUUUAUUUACAGGGUUCUGUGGCUUAUGUUUCUCAACAAGUGUGGAUGCAAAAUUCUACCUUAAGAAACAACAUAACGUUUGGGAAACCUUUUAACUCACGUAUGUACCAGAAAGUGAUUGACUCUUGUGCUCUUGAGGCAGAUUUAGAGAUUCUUCCUGGUGGUGACAUGACAGAGAUCGGAGAAAGAGUAAGAAUACCAUCGUUCUUUUAAGCUUUUUUCUUUGUGGAUGUACGAAUAAUAUUUAUUAUCCUGAGAACAAUGUUGACUUAACAAGCCCUUUUGCUCUUGUUUGGUCUCCAGCUUCAUUGUUAUGUCAUGUAUUAAAAUACGUUCAUAGGUAUACUUUAUUAAGCAUCCCUAAAAAGGGCUUUUCAGCGUGAAAAUAAAAAUAAAUUAAAUGGAUGAAUAAAUUAAUAAUUCAAUGAAUUAAUUUAAAAAAACUAUGUACAACUAUAACUAAAAAGUAAGUAUGUACAAACGUCAUCAUCAUCUAACCUAGUCCAUGUUACAAAUCAGUUCAUUGAUUAGACGUCUCUAAAAAUUCUAGUAUUUAUGAUUUCCGACUCAACGCGCCUUUUAUUACAGUGGUGUGAAAAUACGGAAUAAUUCUACAAGAUGGAAUAUUGAGGCCAUCUCUAUAUCUUGUCUGUCUAUCUUUUUAAUAGUAACUUCAUUGAAACCAAGACUAGUUAAGCUGUUAAUUCUGUAUCUGUAAUAAUUUAUUAAUGACUAAGUCUUCUGAUUCAGACCAGAAUUCCAUUCCAGAAUAAAUGUCAUUGAGGCUUCAAGAAAAAAUAGCGCAUCAAUUACUCCAAAUGACAGCAAUAUUGGUCGAGUCAGUAAAGUGCAAAAAAAGGGUUAGCAUUAAUCACAUCCAUAGAAACUAAGAUGCUAAAAUCUAAUUAAUGACAUAAAAGUUGCUACGUGAAGGAUACAACACCUAUUUCGCAAGGGAAAUUUUUCCAUGGAGACAUUACCAGUUGCGAGUAAACAUUUAUUACACCAAAAUAUUGCCAGGUGCGUCAAGGUCAUACGUAUCAAUCAUCUUUUCAAAAUCAAAGUCAAACUUUUGAGUACGACAUCAAUGUAUAAUAGAAACCGUAUGAUGCGUUGCUUAUCAAUCUCUUCUGUUCAGGGAAUUAACCUUAGUGGAGGACAAAGACAGCGUAUCAGCCUGGCACGUGCUGUGUAUUCUAACGCUGAUAUCUACUUGUUUGAUGAUCCCCUCAGUGCAGUGGACUCACAAGUGGGAAAACAUAUCUUUGAUCACGUUAUCGGUCCUAGGGGAACUUUACGAAAUAAGGUUUGCUUUGCUAUUUUACUCGCUUUUUCUUCUGCCUUUUGUCUUCAUUGGUAAUUUAUGAUAUCAAUGUAGCUCAUACGGUACUUUGUUUGCAUGAUGGAACGACUUAUUUAAAAUGGAUAAAUUUCAUCGCUGGCUUUCCCUAUAUUCAAAGCAUAUCUUAACCUUAUGUCGACUAACUCGUCGGGCCCAUUUCAACUGGUCCUUCGAUACGGUAAAAUUGUGUUUAUUUCUCUUACGACGUCAUAAUUCAUCAAAACGGCCAUCUUGACAGGAGCCGAUUACUUAACCCGAUUACGUAAUCGGCUCCUGAUCUUGAUUAGUGCACCAUUUUUAAAAAUCACCAAUGUGGAAUCAAAAUCUAUGAAAAUAAAUCAUACUAAAUUCUGCAAUCAUUUUUUUGUUAAUUGUACGAUUGUAGUUAAAACUUAAACGGUCAUUAUUCAUGCGCGAAUAUAAUUGGGAAUUCAGUGGUACUAGUCGCGCUUAGGACUUAGAUAUUAGUAGUGGGCGUGUAUUAGUUUGACUGUUAGCAAUGUUUUUGAAGCUGUAGAAGUUAAAACUCUACAGGUUACAGUGUGUCCCAAAAGUUCUUUCAUGCACUGUAUAACUUUUGAUCAAAACUUUAUUUUCCAUGAAAUUUCAAGAAGAUGUUUAUUUCUCUAUCGAGUACAUGUAUUCAGAAUUUCAGUAACUGACAUGCACUGUGUUUUUUUUAUCGCAUUCUGUAGCCGUUGUAGCAUGAAGUGGGAUACAGCAUGUACACCCACAGAUGAUCUAUUUUGAGCUUUUUUAUCACCCGGUCCGCAGGAGCUAGUUCAACCUCCAAACAUUAUUUAUUUAGUUUAGGCAGCUAAAAAAAAUAUAUUUUGGGCAUUCAUACAUAAAAUAUAAUCAUCCCGGCCCCCUUCCACAGCAAGGCUUUUGUACUUCUAUAUAAAUUUGUGACGAACUACGCGUUACUUGGCAGACUAAGCAGAGGCCAUCUGCCAUCUCAUAGGCCUCUAAUUUUAAACAUUUUGAACAGCUUUUCAUGACCCUUUCUGGACUUCUCUUGCUAACGACGUGAGAACUUCCUCGUCGAAUCUCCUAUUUUGUAUCUUGCCUUCUUUAAAACUAUUUUAGCUGCUUUAUUCAGGACUAUUUGUCUUCCCCAUCGUUUCAUGCCUUCAAAACCUUUAUUUCUCCUUGAUAAUUUUACCACACAACAUUGGGAUUUUUCCAGUUUUUUAGCGGUUUCUACAACAGAUGAGCAAGUAAAUCGAAGCAUACAUGCUUAUGCUCUCAUGUAGCUGAACGUUUUUGCGUUAAGGGGGUUUAACAUGUGGCUGGAAAAUACACUCGCGCAUGCGCAGCUUUGGCGCGGAAGUAAACAAAUCGAAUAUUCCAGUCAAAAGAUAGCACAACAAGUAUGAAAAUAGUGAUUUAGAUUGAAAGACACAACUUUUGUUUAAAUGAUUUGCUUACCAAGCCCAAUUGUACUGAAAUACAGACUUAUAAAGAAGAGGAACGAACUUUUGGGAUACACUGUGUUUCUGUGCCUCCUGUCUGAAUUGUGUCCCAUAUUUUUGUUUUAAUUUUUCAUCAGACACGUGUCCUGGUUACUCACAACAUCAGCUUCCUUCCUCAAGUUGAUCGAAUUAUUGUACUUAAAGGAGGAACAAUCUCAGAGGUACAAAUAUUGCCUUUAAACCUUAUUUAUUAUCUAAUUAACCAUUGUAGGGUGAUGUUCGCAUUUCGUUAAUAACUAAACUCUUUCUUUAGGAGGGUACAUACAAAGAGCUCUUAUCAAGUGAUGGGGAAUUUGCUGAUUUCGUUAACUUAUUCACCGCCAGGCAACAACAGCAAGAGCAAGGUAACUUCGUCUACUAGUGAUGUCUUACAUGUCUAAAGAGAUUACUAUUGUUAAUGUAAACUUAUUUCAAGUCUAAUCCGACACUAUCGCCCAGCAAACUGAUCCAGCAUUUACAAACAACAAGUUGGGCAAAAAUGUUGGCGCCGUUUCAACACCUAAAAGUUUUCCAAGGUCAAGAUUUGACCAUUUCGCAGAUAACGUACAUACAUUACAUUUUUCUUUGCAGAGGAGCGUCGAGUGAGAGGUUACACUUUUUUGGAAAAAAUCGAAGAAUCAGAAAAUGAAGAAGAAAUAGACACCGAGGACAAUAUAACAAAGGAUCCGGCAGGUAAAAAGUUUAGGCCAGCAUGUUUCUGCAAUAGUGCUCUGAUUCAACGCACAACUUUACCAGUUUACAGUACUAAUUAAAAGAAAAGUGCGCAUGUCCGCUUCCGACAGAUAAACCAUCUUAUCGAUAUAUUUAUUUUCAGACGAUGGUCGUAAACGAUCCGAGGGACCCCAAGAAAGAUUGACAAAAUUCGAGGAGGGCCUUGAGUUAUCCAGAGUGAGACUGAGAUCAACAACUUUACCUUCUAAAUGGGAGGCAAACAAGAACGAAGUCAGCAGGAAAACGUCUGUCCCUGGUACAUUAUGUCAUAGCACUGAGAUCACAACUGUUUUCUUUCUUAGAGUUACUUUAAUUUGUAGCUUUUCACUUGUAAAACGUAUCUGCCUUGUACCCUUUAAAUCCGACGUAACUUUUAAACGAAAGCUUGAAAUGAACUCGCACAUGUUAUAUGUUUCUGAUUCCUAUAAAACCAAUGACACCGAUUUUUUGUUGUGUAAAAAAUGGAAAAUCAAUUUAACCUUAUACCAUUUGAUGUUAAUGUUUAGAAUUUUUUCAAACCACUCAAUUUUCAAGUUUAUUUCCGUAAUUUAGAGGGGACUUAACAAACUGCUCUGCCUCAACUAAACCUGUUUUAUCUUUUCAUAAAGGAAUAUUUUCCAUUUGUCGUUAUGCAGAUAAAGGUUUAGAUCGUCAUCGAUCACGAACGACGUUAGAACCGACGCCCCAAAUGGAAUUCACAGACGGUGGAUAUGGACUGCGACUUUGGUGUUCACAGAAUACCGCUGAUAAUAACCAUGUCCAAAGAAUGAGGAAAAUCAGCGACAUACGAGGCGUAUCUCCUCGAAUGAGAUCAGACACGGUUUUUUCCACUAUGAGUUUUCUAGAAAUUGAAAGUAUGGAAUUUAUUAAAAGAGCAAGAGCUGAAAGUCUUCUCUCGGUGAUAACCUCUGAUAAUGGAAACGUCGACUUUUGUGCCUCUUCCCAGCGUUAUGAUACUUUGGCCGACAUGAUGACAACAAAGGAAGAAGCAGAAAUCGGAGGGGUAAGGAUUUGUUAAAUUUUUCAAGGUCAAACCCCAGCAAUUAAUGCACAAACCAAAAGGUUUCAUUCCUGAACAAAUGGCACUGGUGUUGUUGCACUGAUCUUCAAAAUGUAUUUCUAUUAACAGGUAAAACUGACUGUAUUUUGGCGUUACUUCAAAUCCAUGUCAGUUUGUCUCUUUGGAGCCUUUUUUCUUUGCUUACUGUUCGCCGAAUGUUGGUCAGUGGCAGCACGUAUGUGGCUUGCGCACUGGAGCAGCACAUCAACUGAGGCCAACUCGACAUCACAACAACCGCAUGAGCUUGGAAUAUACGGUGGACUUGGCUUGUCUCAGGCGGUGUUUGUUCUACUAGCGUGUUUCAUGCAAGCUUUUGGCUCAGUCAUGGCAUCUCGUAGUCUUCACAACGGAUUGCUUACUAACAUUCUUCACUCUCCUAUGACGUUUUUUGAGUCUAAUCCUCUUGGAAGGAUCAUUAAUCGUUUUUCUAAAGACAUGGAAAUGGUAGAUGAUCUUGUUCCAAGAACAUUGAUCACAUUUCUUCGGAGCAUCUUAGAGUUGUCUGCAGUGUUGUUUAUCAUUAGUUAUGUUACUCCACUUUUCCUAUCCGUCAUCCUUCCACUAGGAAUCCUCUACACGUUUAUUCAGGUAAGAGUCUUAUUACGUAUAUGGAAACAAUGCGUUGCAUGCUGGACAAUUAAAAGGUAAAGGCGAACUCCAACGUCCUAAAGGCAUUACUGGGGAUCAGAUUGCAUUAUUAUUUAAGAACUAACAAUAAAAAUAAUACCAUCUACAGACUAUGAAGCCCCGCAUGAAUACGUUAGAUAGUCUGAUAGCUAACAUCGCUUUUAAAAUUGUUUUAGCGAAUGUUUAUGCAAACUGCUCGUCAGUUGAGAAGAAUGGAAUCAGUGAAGAGAUCACCUAUCUACAGUCACUUCUUUGAAACUUUGAAUGGCGUAAGUACCAUCAGAGCUUACUCACAAGAACAGCGCUUCAUACAGGAGAACUUUGCCAAAGUGGAUGAAAAUCAAAUGGCUUAUUAUCCCUACUGCAUUUCUGAUAGGUGAGGUUGUCAUGUCAGUUUUAAGAGUUUGACCCAAUUUAAAAUUACGACAAUAAAACAGCACUAUGUAUGAUGUAUUACCUACCCUAUCAGUGGCUUCUUUGUUAUAAUGACUAGCAUUUUUUCAUUUUUCAUGAACCAAUAAUUCAGAGAGACAUCUUUUGUUACCGAGACAGUUACCGAACAACCGUAGGGUAAAACGAAAUAAGAUGACUAGAAAAUUCUCAUAUAAGGCGUAGCACUUAGUUUCCAUUAGACAAAGUCAAGUUCAUAUCAUUUCAUGAACAAAGAGUGUCAUAAAUUUGAAAAGUUCUCAGACGUUUCGGCCUUACAUCUUCUUAAAGAGACAAUGUUGAAGACAACGGCGACAAGAAAUCGUUCAUCAGACGUCAUUUUGCAGCAAAACCAGUGUUGGCGUAGCGAAAUGUAGGCUAGCUGUUUUCUCAGGCGUAGUCUCCACGCUACGUCAUGCCAUGCUGGUGAAUUAUGUUUCACUGAAUUCUUCGUUUCACUGAUAUGACAUGUAGGUCCUUUUUGAAAAUAUGACUGAUUCACUUAUGAGUGUUGUUCACUCUAUUACUUGUCUUACUUUAUAGAACUAAAUGGAAUUAUGAUGUUUGAUUGUGCUCUUUUGUUGUAUUUUUGUUGGUUUUCAUCUCAUUAUUAGGUGGCUCCAGUUGCGGUUAGAAUUUAUUGGAAGUUGUGUGAUUCUUUUUGCUGCACUUUUCGCCGUGAUCAGUCGAGAUAAGAUUGAUAGCGGUAUGGCUGGAUUGUCUAUAGUGUACGCUCUACAGGUAAGAAAUCCAUCUGACUUUGAGAUCGUAAUAUAUUUACCUUACCGUGAAAUGCGUUUUAAAAACAAUCCUCCUACGAAGUAUGUUUCUCUGUUCAGGUACAAGAGCCACCGAAAGGUUGAUUUACAAAGUUUCGCUAUAGCUUAGUUACAAAAGCCACGGUAAAUAGAAACUGACAUUUUGGAUUUAAGUGCUCCGCAGUUUCAGUCUUUCCCUAUACGUAAAAUUCCACCCUAAAAUCCUAUCGAAUGAAAUAAGUGUAUAGGACUUUUACAGCCGUAUACGGCCGUUUGCUUAGUAAAUCGAUGAUAAGUUAUGACUGAUUUUGCACUUUUGAGUUCGUGUGCUUAAGAUAAUCAAGGAAUAUUCAUCGCUUUCUUGUGCGUGUUACAGAUUACAGUUAAUCUUAACUCCAUGGUUCGUAGACGAAGCCAGCUGGAAUCUAGCAUUGUUUCUGUGGAGCGUGUUAAAGAAUAUUCUGAGACUCCUACAGAGGUUAGUACAUAUUUUAAAUGAAUCAAUGAAGACUAUUUAAAAUGCAGUAUUACAGCCUCGUAAUGUAGAUAUACAGUAAGAAAAUAAUUACAUGCUCUGUCCCAUGCUCGUGACAUGUUGAUCACUUCAUUUCUCAUUUCUUCACCGAGCUUAAAAUUUACAAUCUUUCUUUAUUUAUCACACGCAUGACGAUUUCGACAUUGCCGAUCAUAGCAGUAUACGCAAGACGCAUGUCAUACAUGAACCUUGUUUAUGGCCCAGCUCGCUACGAGUCCUUCAUAUAGCAGUGGUCAGAGCGUCUGAUCGGUGUACGAAAGGUCACCGAGUCUCAAUUGCUGUCGGGGACUCAGAGUUUUUGUUUGUCCCAUGCUCGUGACAUGUUGAUCAUAUCAUUUCUCAUUUCUUCACCGAGCUUAAAAUUUACCAUUUUUCGUUCAUUUUUGAGGAUGACAUUCCUUUAAAGUGAGAGCCGCGCCCUUGUACCAGUCAUGCUAGUACAGUACAGUACAGUACAGUACAGUUAAAAUGCUCCAGACGGUAAACCUGUUACCUUGGAGUUGCAGUGGCGACUACACGGUCGACCAGUGCAGUAAACCACUCUUAUCUUGUUUAGACCUCUUUGCCUGCUCAAUGGAGAAAUUUAAUAAUUUAGCGGUGUUUAUCCAAGGGUCCCGUUUGUAUGGACGCCUAGACUUCGCAAACAGCAUCUUCCUUAUCAGCGUAGUGUUUGGACAGCGGCAAAGACGUCGUAUUACGUUUGAGACCAACAGCACUUCUGCUGCUGCCAUUUUAGGCGUUUUUUUUUUCAGCUUGUCUUCUUUUGGCGUAAACUAAGGAGCAACUCAUUUAUCACUUGCUCAGAGGCGUCUGCCGUAAAGAGGUUUACAACAUGACAUUUUAAGUGCUAAUCCAAACCCUGACUGUAACCACCGGAAUCUAACCCAGGAUCUCUGCCAUGAUCUUUAUAGGGAGUUUUAGAACCUUUUACCGUGCUUAAUGAAAAAAAUCAACCUCUUUAAAUUUCUGAACGCUGCAGACCAUGGAUAUUCUAUAACACAUGAGCGUGUUUUAAUUUCAGGCCGCGUGGAUUAUUCCAGACAUUCGUCCACCGAACGACUGGCCUCAAAGCGGAAGCAUCGUCUUUCAAGACUUUGAUCUAAAAUACAGACAGGGAUGUCCACUUGUACUAAAAAAUGUUAACUGUAUCAUUCAUCCGGGGGAAAAGGUUAGCUUCAUCCGCUGUCAUAACGUUAAUUGCCCAUCCUGUUCGCAUAAAAUCUUAAUCCUAUCAUUGAAAGUGCUUGAGAGGUUUUUUGGAAACUUUCCUUGAGUUUUGUUUCCUUAGUAAUUAAUCUUUUCUUGUACUUGUUUUUGUUCAAUCAUAUUCUUUAUUGUAACUAUUCUUUAAAGCCUGUUAGAGAGUGCUCACAGAAACUAAUCAGUUUAUUGUCUACUGUUUUGCCUCUUUUUAGAUCGGUAUUGUGGGGCGAACAGGAGCUGGAAAAUCAACUUUAACUCAAGCCUUAUUUCGUAUCUUGGAGCGAGCUGGUGGCAAAAUCGUUAUUGACCAACUCGACAUCACGACAAUUGGGCUGCACGAUCUUCGUCAACGACUCACCAUUAUUCCACAGGUCAGUUUGCUUGCGCAUGCGUGCGGCUUAACCUGAGUAGGUAGUGACGCUAACAGCAAGUCAUGGCAACUUUUAAAACAAAACCAGAAACGACUUUAAUUGCAUAAAAGGGUUGAUAUCUUACCAGGAUAAUAAAACUGAGAGUUUUAUGGAUGUGAGUCGGUUAGUGACAGCUCUACUUCUUGAUGUGGUGUUAUACGUCAUUACACACUUCAAAUUCAAUCCUGUUUUUCCCUUAAAUAAUCUAUUUUUUCCCUGGGCCCACGAGGGCUUUAUGUCCACAUUCCAACUUGACCUCAGAAGGAACGGGGAAAGGGUCAUUUAACUUUUAACUAUAACGAAUUGUUUCCGCGCAGGAUCCCGUGUUGUUUUCUGGGACUCUUCGGCUUAAUCUGGAUCCAUUCAGUAGACACACAGAUGAGGAACUGUGGCAGGCAAUUGAAGCAAGUCACCUUAAAGAACUCGCAUCAGAAACAGAGAAUGGGUUACAGUUCCCCAUCAUUGAAGGAGGAGACAAUCUAAGGUGGCAAACAAAUCUCAGCAUACAAUCUCUCCGUUUUUUCAACAAACCGGUGUUUUUUAAGACAUUGAAUACAAAACCCCACAAAGGAUGAUCUCAUGUAGUGGCAUUACAGACACUUUAUUCAUCCCACUGAUAAACAAUUGCAAAGCAGCAGUUACAUAGCCGGUCUGUCCCUAUCAAAUAUAAGAAUAUGUUACACAUUCAUCUUGUCCAGAAAGAUGAACACCAUUUGAUAUUGUUAUAAAACUAAAUACAAAUCACAAAGGAGUGACUCUUAAAAAAAUACACCUAAUUUUCACCUUCACAAUUUUGUGUUGAAAGUUGUUCUGAAUGCAUGAAGAUUUUGAAGUUGUUUUCGCAAGUCAUCUGUGGCAUAAUCGUUAUUUAUCAAAAUGUGUGACUGCACCGAUGUUUUUUUAAACUUUCAGUGUGGGUCAGCGACAGUUGGUUUGUUUGGCAAGAGCUCUUCUACGUAAAGGAAAAAUUCUGGUCCUUGAUGAAGCCACAUCCGCAGUUGACAUGGAAACUGACGAACUCAUUCAACAGACAAUUCGGCGGGAGUUCGCUGACCGUACCGUGUUUACAAUUGCUCACAGGCUCAACACCAUCAUGGACUAUACCAGGUAAAUGCAGUUGUUGUUCAUAUGUGAUUUGUGAGAGAAUGUCACUGUGCGAGAAAUAUUUCAGCUACUAUAAAACUUCGUGAGCUUAUCUAUUAUUUUGAUCUUGAAAACGUGAACGGGUAGUUUCAUUGUUUGCUUUUGUCAGUGUGACCGCUCCCCUGAAAUUUAAGUCAAGUUCAUAGUCUCCUAGCUCUUAUUUUGAUGACAUUAUUUUGAUUUGUAUUCCCAGGAUUAUGGUUCUUGACAAAGGAUUUGUGGUAGAAUUCGAUACACCCAUUAAUCUGCUGGCUCAAAAAGGAAUUUUUUACAGCAUGGCACAGGAGGCAGGGAUUGCUUGA